AUGCUGCCCAGGUCUCGUCUUUGGUGCGUUUUCGAGCUGGCAGCAUACAAGAAGGUCAAUCCGUGUGGCAUGAUCAGUUUCCGGCCGCUCUUCGUCGAAAGGAUCCUGGUCAUACUGCUGCUCUCUGGUGCAAGCUUUGGCCUCUGCUUCGUGUUGGUAAGGUCUGGUAGCGGAGGGGCCUCCAUGGCCUAUGUUGGCUAUGCGCUCUUCGUCAUUCCGUACAGCAUUGCUGCAGUUCUCCUAAGGAGAAAUUUCCGGGAGAAGCACAUGCUGCGACAGGAGUUGGAGACUUUUGACCUUAGCAAGGUCUCUUGCGCAAAGGAGUUCGACCGAAAGUUCAUUCUUGCCGCGAUCGAGAAGUGGUACGGGAGCCAGGAGGCCUUUACUGAGUUUGUGCAGACCGAGCUGCGACAGCAGCUGGAGCCGCUGCUGGCCACCAGUCGCUUCCCCACGCCAUAUCUCCUGCUGGUUUUCGCCUCCUUGAUCACCGCUAGCCUCGAAUUCUUUCUAGCUUUGUGGAAAGGCGGUGCUCCACCCGCCUGUUUGGUGUCCUUUGCCGUCGGGAUCCUCGUGGGUGUGGACAUCUUCUUGGUUGGCGCCUUGAUCGUUUUGUUCUCACACCUCUGCGAUCGUCUGGCACCUCAGCGCUUCGGCAGAUUGGAUCAUCUGCAGACCGCCGUGCUCAUGCUGCCUCUCACGGUGGUCUUCGGCAUUGGAAGUUCCAUGGGGACUGUUGCCUACAGCUCCAGCCUGGAACAUGGCUUUCUCUUUGCAUUAGCAUGCUUAUUGCUUGGUUGCUUCAUCUGGUGGCUAGAUGGAGCCGCGAGCUCUUGUGUCUGCUGCUCACAGCCAUCACCAGAGCACGAGGUUGCACCAUCUCAUCAGACUGCUUGCAGUCCGAUUCCAGAAGUGACCGAGAAUCCGUGA